UGAGUUAAGAUCCAUCUGAGGACCUACAAGUGCAUGUAUCGCCAUAUAGAGUAGCUAAUUUACGAAUAAACACCGUUUGUUUGUUUUUUUUUAACCGGAAAUGGGCUUACGUAAUGUUUACAACACAUGUCAUGGUCAAAUUCUGGCUGCGGGGGUAAAAUUAAGGUCGUGUGCACAAACUCUUUUUAAUUAUCAUCCGCUCGGACGCACUUUGCACACGACGCAGCUGCCAUCUGCGCUAUAAAAGCGCAGCAUCUCCUUCACCAGUCACAACAACAACAACGACCUUCACCAGGUGAAAACGCUCAACUGCUGCCUUCUUUGAGGAAACAUCAAACCCCCCCAUCCAGCCAACGACAUGGAUCCUUGCGACUGCUCCAAGACUGGAACCUGCAACUGCGGUGCUUCAUGCUCCUGCACUAAUUGUUCCUGCACCACCUGCAAGAAGAGCUGUUGCCCCUGCUGCCCAUCCGGAUGCAGCAAGUGUGCAUCAGGCUGCGUGUGCAAAGGGAAGACUUGUGACAAGGGCUGCUGCCAGUGAAGAGCAUGCAAACUUUGCUGUCCCCCCCCCCCCCCCCCCCCCCAGGGAUGGAUCCCCCCCUUUUUGUUUUGAUUUCCAUGUCUUUGCUACAUAGUGAUUUUUGUAUUUGUUCUAUAC